UGAUAGGUGGGGGGGGGAUGGAGGCGGUGUAAGGCUGGGAGGUGGAUGAAGCCGGAAGAGGAAGUCCAGUGAAUUACCAACCAGGCGAGAUGAGUGGCUUGGGAAAGCUCUUCGGGAAGGGUAAGAAGGCCAAAGCCCCUACCCCGCAGGAGGCCAUCCAGAAGCUGCGGGAGACGGAGGAGGUGCUGGUCAAGAAACAAGAAUUCCUGGAGCAAAAGAUCCAGCAGGAGCUUCAGUCGGCCAAGAAACAUGGGACGAAAAACAAAAGAGCUGCCCUGCAAGCCCUCAAGCGGAAGAAACGCUACGAGCAGCAGCUGGGGCAGAUCGACGGGACCCUCUCCACCAUCGAGUUCCAGCGCGAGGCUCUCGAGAACGCCACCACCAACACCGAAGUGCUCAAGACCAUGUCGGACGCAGCCCGAGCCAUGAAGGAAGCCCACCAGCACAUGGACAUCGACAAAGUGGACGACCUGAUGGCCGAGAUCACAGAGCAGCAGGACAUCGCGCAGCAGAUCUCCGACGCCAUCUCGAAGCCUGUCGGCUUUGGGGACGACGUAGAUGAGGACGAGCUGUUAGCUGAGCUGGAGGAGAUGGAGCAGGAAGACUUGGACAAGGAGCUGCUGAAUGUUGGGGAACCGACCCCUGAGCUGCCCAGCGUGCCUGCCUCUCGCCUGCCCAGCGUGCCAGCCUCAAAAGUGCCCGCCUCUGCCUCCGCGGUGGACGACGACGACGACGAAGAAAUGAAGCAGCUCGCCGCCUGGAUGGGCUUCUCCUGGGUCUUAGUCCCCUUGAUCUGCCCGGUGCUGCGGGUCCGGCUGGCGGCCUUCUUUUUGUCCGGCGUGAAGGUGAGGGAGCGGGACUUGGUGGUGCUGGGCGUGGUGGCGUUCUUGCUGGUGUCGGCUGCCCGGGGUCCGCAGAUCGCUUCCAGGGCCUUGAUCUCGGUGGUCGGCUUCUCAGCCAGGAACUUGAGCACCCAAGGGACUUUGAGCACCUCCAGGAUGUUCAGCCGCUUGGAAGCAGGGCGCAGGAUGCGGUGGACCAGUUCCUGCAGGGGAGAGACGGACAGGCGAUUUAACCGCUGCAAAAGAGGAGCCUGCCGGAUCAAGCCAGCCCGCAAGAGCCAACAAGGCCACCCCAAAUUGGUGAGGAGCCCCGAUAAAUUUGGACUUCUGCCGUGGGCGGGAAAGAACCCCCAACUCUGCCUGCGGCUGAGGAAGCAGGUGAUCAACCAGGGUGUAGCUGGCAUUCCUGCCACCCCCGUGAUACAGCCUCAGGGUGCUGGGUGGGUGGAGAGGUUCACGCAGGGCCAGCCCCACAGUAAGUACGCCUGCUGCAGUCGAGAGUAUCGGCGCUGCAGCCAGGCUGACGUGUGUCGCGCCGCUCACCUUGAUUUCCUCGUUGAUCUGGAGGUGGCUGGGGAAGCUGACCUCCUUCUGCGUCUCCCGCAGCAGCUUCUUGAGGUUGGUGUCGUCGAAGGGCAGGUGGGCCACCACCAAGGUGUAGAGGAUAACCCCCAUGCUCCAGAUGUCGGAGAGGAACGGGUUGUAGGGCAGGCCCAGCAAGAUCUCCGGGCAAGCGUAGGCGAAGCUGCCGCAGUACGUCUGGCUCAGAGGGGGCAGUGGGGCCAGGCGCGGGCAUGGGAAGCCCCUGGGGCUGAGAGGCGCGCUCCCCCUUCACCCUCGGCGCCUGGAGACCCCCCGCUUCCUCUCCCCCGCCCCCGGGCAGAAGGAGGUGCAAGACCCUCAGGCGGCGCCAAGGGCAGCCCCAGAGAGAGAGAGCCCCGGCCCAGUUCCCACCCCCCUUUCUCCUGUUACCACCCCAUGAUGGCCUGCCCCCCGUUUCUUGUCCUCCUCCUCCUCGUCUUCCUCCUUUCCCUCUUAUCCACGGCCUCUUCAGAGACCCACUACCAGCGGGGGGACCCAGUGAUGCUUUACGUCAACAAAGUGGGGCCUUACCACAACCCCCAGGAGACCUACCAUUAUUACCAGCUCCCCGUGUGCUCCCCGGAGAAUAUCCGCCACAAAAGCCUGACCUUGGGGGAGGUGCUGGAUGGAGACCGCAUGGCCGAGUCGAUGUACGAGAUCCGCUUCCGGGAGAACGUUGACAAGAAGGUCCUCUGCGAAAUGAAGCUCACACCUGAGCAGGUGGAGCAUCUCCGGCAAGCCAUUGAAGAGUUGUACUACUUUGAGUUUGUGGUGGACGACCUGCCUCUCCGCGGCUUUGUGGGGUACAUGGAGGAAAGCGGCUUCCUGCCCCACACCCACAAGAUCGGCCUCUGGACCCACCUGGACUUCCACCUGGAGUGGAACGGCGACCGCAUCAUCUACGCCAACGUCAGCGUCCGCAACGUCAAGCCCACCAGCCUGGACGACGUCCGCAGCGUCCUCCCCGUGGCCCACACCUACAGCGUCCGCUGGUCCGAGACAGCGCUGGAGCGGCGAGGCGACCGGCGAGGCGGCCGCAGCGGCGACGACGGCUUCUUCCCCCGCACCUUGGAGAUCCACUGGCUCUCCAUCAUCAACUCCAUGGUCUUGGUCUUCCUGCUGGUGGGCUUUGUCGUCGUAAUCCUCAUGAGGGUGCUCAAGAACGACCUGGCGCGCUACAACCUGGACGAGGAGGCCUCCACCUCGUCCUCGGGCGACGACUUCGACCAGGGCGACAACGGCUGGAAGAUCAUCCACACGGACGUCUUCCGCUUCCCGCCCUGCCGCAGCCUCCUCUGCGCCGUGCUGGGGGUGGGCAGCCAGUUCCUAGCCCUGGGCACGGGGAUCAUCGUCAUGGCACUCCUGGGCAUGUUCAACGUCCACCGGCACGGCGCCAUCAACUCGGCCGCUAUCCUUCUCUAUGCCUUGACCUGCUGCAUUUCCGGCUAUGUCUCCAGCAACUUCUACCGCCAGAUUGGAGGCGAGCGUUGGGUCUGGAACAUCCUGCUCACCACCAGCCUUUUCUCCGUCCCUUUCUUCCUGACGUGGAGUGUCGUCAACUCGGUGCACUGGGCCAACGGGUCGACGCAGGCGCUGCCGGCUACCACCAUCCUGCUGCUGCUGACCGUCUGGCUGCUGGUGGGCUUCCCUCUCACCGUCAUCGGCGGCAUCUUCGGCAAGAACCGGGCGGGGCCCUUUGACGCCCCCUGUCGCACCAAGAACAUCGCCCGGGAAAUCCCGCCCCAGCCUUGGUACAAGUCCACGCUGGUUCAUAUGACGAUUGGGGGCUUCCUCCCCUUCAGCGCCAUUUCUGUGGAGCUCUACUACAUCUUUGCCACUGUGUGGGGCCGGGAGCAGUACACCCUGUACGGAAUCCUCUUCUUCGUCUUCGCCAUCCUUCUCAGCGUCGGCGCCUGUAUCUCCAUCGCCCUCACCUACUUCCAGCUCUCGGGCGAGGACUACCGCUGGUGGUGGCGCUCCGUGCUCAGCGCGGGCUCCACCGGCCUCUUCAUCUUCCUCUACUCCGUCUUCUACUACUCCCGCCGCUCCAACAUGUCGGGCGCGGUGCAGACGGUGGAGUUCUUCGGCUACUCCCUCCUGACCGGCUACGUCUUCUUCCUCAUGCUGGGCACCAUCUCCUUCUUCGCCUCCCUCAAGUUCAUCCGCUACAUAUACGUCAACCUCAAGAUGGACUGAGCGCCCGCCCCCUCCCUGCGCUCUCGUUGGCCGCCGUCAAGCUCUGCUUCCCCAUUGGCUAGGACAGGCGCCGCUCAAAGGCCGGGCCUCCCGGUUGGCUGGGAGAUCGGCCCGAGCUCGGGGAAACCGGGCUUUUAAACGAUCCGUCUCUCUCGUCAGCUGGGAUCGGUUUCCGAGAGCUCCCCAGCUCACCGCAGUGGCGGUUGCUUGAUCGCCGGGAAGCAGCAGGAAACAGGAUCCAUUAAGCCCUCCUCUCCUGUUGGUCCGGGCCGCUAGCCCAUCAGCGAACCUGUCAAUCUGGCCAAUUAGUGGGCACUGCAACAAAUUUCCUCUUUCUUUCUUUUAUAAAAAAAAAAAAAUUGGUCGAAACUGCAGUUUGUGCGCUUUGGGGUGGGAAUUAUGGUUUGUUACUCCCUUUAAACGGGUUGAAAUGUGACCAAUCGGGUGAGCUCUCUUCCUAUUGGAUGGGCGGCCUGGUCAGUUGACCAACGCCGGGCUCGGUUAGCCAAUCACGCUCCUUCCCUUCCAAAGGGAAGUCGGGCUCUUGGCGGCUGACCAGCCGGGAAACGAGGAAGAUUGUUCUGCCUCGAUUCGCUUCCUUCAGAGUUUAUUGCAAUCGGGUGACAGGUCCCAGCCAAUCGUAUUCGAAAUAAAAACUGGCCCCUACGAGGACCGGCAGGGCCGGCCCUGGAGAUGGAAAUUGCCCCAGCCACCGGCACCACCUUGUCCCUCGGGGUUUCCCCCUCUACGGGAUUCUUAAUGCAGGAGAGAAUUGGCGGGCUAAGGAUUGGAUAAUGGUUUCCUCUGACCAGAGACCUUCCCAGGGGGCUAGGUUAAAAUGGAUCUCUCCAUGUUGGAGGGGGACAGAGAAAGAGUCUUAUAUUUGGCGGGCCUUCCCCUGCAGCUUUUUAAGGAUUCCCCCUAUUUGCACGUUGUGGGAUAGGCUGCACCAGUGUUUGGGAAUCCCCUAUGUUGUUGGACUACAACUCCCAUCAUCCCCUGCCAGCUUCGCCAACGGUCAUGGAUGAUGGGAGUUGUAGUCCAACAUCUUUCUGCUUGGAGAACACUGGUCGACCCCUUCAGAAGGGGACCCAGCAAGGGAUCCAGCCUCUUCAGUGGAUUUGUUUCACCAACCGCCGCCACCUCAUGGACAAGGUAGUUCCCCUCCAGUCAGAGGCCUCUCUGCAUUGCCAAUACCUGUGCUCUCUCUCCCUCUCCUUCAUUGCCUCCUUUGUUACUCCCAAGGUGCCUGGGGCUGUUAUAGUCUGGGUGGGGGAAGAAGCUGUCUCUUCGCCUUCUGCCACAGUCAAGAAAAUGCCUAUAAUUAUAUAUGGAAAUUAUAUAUAUGAGGAGUUAUGUAUAUUUAGCAAGGAUCGAAGCUAGGGGUUUGUUUUGUUUUGUUUUAAUUUGAUUUUUGUUUCAUUCCAGCCGUUUCUUUUUACAGAUCUUGAAAUGAAACUUUAUUAAUUAAAAAGAAAAACCAAAAAACCUGGCUGCAA